AUGAAAGGCUACGGCCUCUACUCUGUCCUAUCUACCCUGCUGGUUUUCCUAGCCUUUACCACGGCGUGGCCAUGGCCAGCCUUGUCCAACCAUGAAAAAAAUGCUCUGCUCCUACCGAGACAAGAGCAAGAUGAAAAAUCAACAAUAACACCCGCUGCAUCUACCGAUACCCAAAAUGAUGCAGAGAAAACCUCGGCGUCCGCUUCGGCAUCUGCUUCAGCCUCUGCUUCAGCCUCUGCCUCUGCCUCGGAAUCCGAGUCGGGCUCUAAAACUUCUGCCUCCUCAGGAACUGCCAAAUCUGGAUCAAAGAGCCCGACAAAGACGACUGCAACCAAGACAACAGCCAUCGACCCUCGCCUCCCACCCGGUGGAGUCUCCCUGAUUACUCCCGCCGCGACUGACGGGCUACAAUUCUUCAGAGUCGGGGAGUAUGUAACAUUCAAAUGGAACUACACCUCCCUGUCUGUAACGCCGUCGGCCAUCGACGUUCUCGCAUCCUGUUCAUUGAACCAAGCAACAUAUACGAUAGCCUCCAAUAUAUCUGUAGAGGAGACCGGGGCUGUCACAUGGGACACGGGCAACUUCCCAGAGGCCAUCACAUCGCCUUUCCCUGUUGCGAGUUAUACCUUGGUGAUCCACGAUGCGGCGAAGGAUGUGACGGAUAUCCCAUCUGCCGGGUAUCUAGGUGCAUAUGAUCAGUAUGUCUUUGGCAUGUACACUGGGCAACCCUACACCCCUCUCAACGAAUUCAAAUGCGCCACCUGCAGCGGUGCGCUUUCUAGCCACGAGAAACAAGCAUUUGGUGUCGUUUUGAUGACUGCGGCCAUCACAGUCAUGUCAUUCACCUGGUUCGCCAACGGUUUUGGUUUUUUCUCUUGA